GUCCAUUUCCACAGGAGGAGAAUUCUUCGAGAUUAAUAUUUUGUGAAUUUUGUUUAAAAUACACUAAAUGUCAAUCGAUUUUGGAAAGACAUAUGCGGCACUGUUAUUGGAGAACACCACCAGGCACAGAAAUCUACCAAAGUGGAGAUUUAAGCGUUUUUGAAGUUGAUGGAAAAGUAGACAAAACGUAUUGCCAAACACUAUGUCGAAUGGGAAAACUAUUUUUACAGUUAAAAACUCUUGACUAUGGCGUUGAACCGUUCUUAUUUUACAUUGUGACGAAAAACGACGGUUUUGUAAGUGUACCUAUAAUAAUAAAUUUUAUAUUGUAUUUUCGAAGUGAAAACUCCUAUUGGGAGGCUAUCUGCUCUCCGAUCGAAUCAUGUGCCUAAACGCAUAAAAGAAUCAUUCAGUGACACUGAAAAAAUAUGUACCUAACGCUGUCAAUCCAUUCUAUAUAUUUAUGUGUAUGUGUAUGUGUCUGCACCCAAUUAU